AUGACCAUUUCAGCAAGGCACAACAAUCAAAUUCCUCUUCGUUCGGUCCGACCCAUCUAUCCUUCGGGGUCAACGACAACGAGUAGCAGUAGUAGUAGCAGUAGCACAACUUUACAACCUCUUAUCAAUAUUGAAACAGGUAAACGAAAAGAUGGACGUACCUGUGAUAAAUUCAGAAAUGUUUUUCUUCAAGUCGGAGUCAUCAAACAAGCUCGUGGAAGUGCCUAUCUUGAAUUUCAUCAAGGAACUAAAAUUAUUUGUGCAGUCUAUGGUCCUCGACAAGUUUCUGCAAAAAACAUAGAAUUUAGUGAUACAGGACGAUUACAGUGUGAAUAUCGAGUGGCACAAUUUGCCUCUAAACAUUGCAAUUCCCGAAGUAGUAUUAGCAGUGGAAUGAGUGCCACGAAAUCACAUCAAGCGACAUCGGAAGAAAUUGAAUUUGGAAUUCACAUGAGAGAAGCCCUUGAAUCAUCACUUCGAUUAGACAAAUAUCCAAAAAGUGUCAUUGAUGUUUAUUGUUUUGUUUUAGAAGAUGAUGGAAGUGCAUUGAGCGGAGCUAUUAGUUGUGCCUCUCUAGCACUUGCCAAUGCAGGAAUUGAAAUGGUGGAUAUGGUGAGUGCAUGUACAACAAGUGAAUUGGAAGGUCAAAUUGUUGUGGAUCCAACCAGUCAUGAAUAUAAAUAUGCAAGUGGUGGAAUGGUGUGUGGAUAUAUGAGCAAUUUGAAUGAAGUAACACAAUUAACUCAAGUGGGAGAUAUGUCGUUUCAGAAAGUGAGUGAAGCAAUGGAUUUAUGUAUUGAUGGAUGCACCAAGUUGUAUCAAUUGAUGCAACAUUGUUUAAUUGAGAGUAAAACCAACAACACAAAUCCAACUGUGUUUCAAGAGAUUUAG